AGGCGCGCUCCCGCUGCUUCUCCCCCGUCAGAGGAGCAGCUCAGUGCGUAAAGUUGAUCCUCUCCGGCGGCGUCGUGCUGUUUUCUGCCCUCCGCUCCAACAUGCCUCUCCUCCGGCUGCAGACAUGGACUCUACCCGCCCUGAGUGGACUCUAAUCGGCUGCGCUGCUGCUCCUGUCCGUCCUCUAAGCUCCAUCAGCCGGGGAAACCCUGCAGCGUUUCCCUGAGCCUGUUUUUCCUUUUCUUUUUCACCCAACACCACCACACCUUUACCUUUCUGUUCCGUUUCCUGCCGCUUCAUUUAUGGACUCCAGCAGCUCCGAGUGAGGAGUGUUUGUCUGUAACGUUCACACUGAGGAUGGAGACGGUGAUGGAGAGGGAGUGUAGCGCGCUGGGGGGGCUUUUCCAGACCGUCAUCGGAGACAUGAAGGGCAGUUACCCCAUCUGGGACGACUUCAUAAGCAAGGCCAGCAAACUGCAGUCACAGCUGAGGACGACGGUUGUCGCAGUAGCAGCCUUCCUGGAUGCCUUUCAGAAGGUGGCCGAUCUGGCAACCAACAGCCGAGGAGGGACCAGGGACAUCGGUUCAGCCCUCACCAGGAUGUGCAUGAGGCAUCGCAGCAUCGAGGCCAAACUCCGACAGUUCUCCAUGGUGUUUCUGGACUGUCUGAUCAACCCUCUACAGGAGCAGAUGGAGGAGUGGAAGAGAGUCGCCAACACUCUGGACAAAGACCACGCCAAAGAGUAUAAGAAAGCCCGUCAGGAGAUCAAGAAGAGAUCAUCAGACACUCUAAAGCUGCAGAAAAAGGCUAAGAAAGCUGAUGUAUUUGGCCGUGGAGACCUGCAGCCUCAGCUGGACAGCGCCAUGCAGGACGUCAGCGAUAAAUACCUGCUGCUGGAGGAGACGGAGAAGCAGGCGGUGAGGAAGGCGCUGGUGGAGGAGAGGAGUCGCUUCUGCUGCUUCGUUUCCAUGCUGAGGCCCGUCGUGGAGGAGGAGAUGUCCAUGUUGGGGGAGAUCACCCACCUGCAGACCCUGACAGACGACCUGAAGAUUCUGACCAUGGAUCCUCACAAGCUGCCGGCCUCCAGCGAGCAGGUGAUCGUGGACCUGAAGGGCUCCGACUGCACCUGGUCCUACCAAACUCCGCCCUCGUCACCCAGCACCACCGUAUCCAGGAAGUCCAGCAUGUGCAGCAGCCUGAACAGCGUGAACAGCAGCGACUCUCGCUCCAGCGGCUCCCACUGCCACUCCCCCACCUCACACUUCCGUUACCGGGCCUCUUCCUCCUCCUCCUCCUCGGUGCUGCCCCAGCAGACGCCGGCCCGACUCUCCUCCGUCUCCUCUCACGACUCCGGCUUCAUCUCCCAGGAUGCCUUCCAGUCCAAAUCGCCGUCGCCGAUGCCUCCAGAGACGCUGCAGUUGCCAAAUGGCUUUGAACAUCAUGCAGCCCUCUGUCUGCACGGAGUGGUACUGCAGACCCAGGACAUCCACCUCCACCCUUCAUACCUCACCUCCUCCUCCACUACCUCCCCCAUCUCCUCGCCCUCCUAUUCGUCCAUUUCUCCCACAUGGCCAUGGUGUCGCUCAGGCUUCAGCCAAUCAGGAGAUUACCCGCCUCUCGGCCCCUCAGGGCUUGGAGUGAUUCUGUCAUCCACAGUUCCAUCCUGGAAGGACUGGGCCAAACCAGGCCCGUAUGACCAGCCGAUGGUCAACACCCUGAGGAGGAACAAAGACAGGCGAGAGACUACAGAUCCCAGCAGCCACCAGGGCGCUGAUGUCACCACACCAGGGGAGGAGCCACAGGGGGUUAAAGGAGGCCACUCACUGACUUCCUCCAAGGUGGACCGGGAGGCCCAUGAGGAGUUGGCCAGAGCUCUGGCCCGAGGCCUCCAGCUAGACAUCCACGGCUCCAGCAGGGACUCGCUGCAGGGCUCCAGCGGCUACAGCAGCCAGACCAACACUCCCUGCUGCUCAGAGGACACCAUCCCCUCACAGGUGUCUGACUGUGACUACUACUCCGUCGGUGCAGAUCAGGAUGGUGAGCAGCAGCAGACGUCGGAUUUUGACAAAUCGUCCACCAUCCCGAGAAACAGCGACAUCAGUCAGUCCUACCGCCGCAUGUUUCAGUCCAAACGUCCUGCUUCCACUGCUGGUCUGCCCUCUAACCCCUCAGCUGUUAUCACCCCGGGGGUCGCCACCAUCCGACGGACACCAUCGUCCAAGCCCAACUUAAGGCGUCCCUCUGGGGGCCUCAGCUUGGGCCCCAUUCCCAUCAAGCCCCCCAUGAUCCCAGUCAAGACCCCCACUGUGCCUGAACAUCCCAGUUUCCCCCCUCGAUCAGAAGAUGGCAACACACCACGGACUCCACUGAGCCCCCCGACCAGCCUCUUGUCACCAGGCAGCAGUGGGCUGCUGUCACCAAAAUCCAUCCCCUGGGAGACCCAGUACCUUGGGGAGGGAUCGGAUCCUCCCACCCCGCCACCACAGCCCAGCGGUCGGGUCGAGUGGGAGCGCCGUCCCCUCCCGGAGCUCCUGGAGGAGACGGAAUAUGGCGAGGUGGAGGACUUUCUGGUGGCCAUCCGACGAGGCGUCAAGCUCAAGAAGACGAUGACCAACGACCGAUCAGCACCAAGUAUUCACUGAAACUACAAGGGUUGGUUUGACUUGAGCCAUUUUGCGUCCCUAGUUGGAUUUACAGUUGGAGGGUCACAAAAUGGUUACUGCUGAGUAGAAGCAAAUAGGAGCCACAACAUAAAGUGGAUGGUGAGAAUAGGAAGAAGUUGCCUGGAGACUCUUAUCAAGGAUCAGUUUUAAAAUGGUGCUAGUUCCUUUCAGCAAUGCCAAAUUCUGAUUAAAAGUAAACACUCAGCACCUUUACCAUUUGGCCAAAUAGUAAUUACUGUGUAAAUUACAGAUAUUUGACUGUGGAGGAAAACGAAAAGGUGUUUUUCGGCAUCACAGCCUGAUUUUACUUGAUUUUAAAAUCCAAAGUGAUACAAACUACAGUGAAUCUGUCAAGCUAAUGUACAUGGAAGGUUUUAACUAUUGGUUUAACAUGUUGCACCUGUUGAAGUAAGACAACUGGAAAAUGGCAAAACUUGAGCAAAACUAACCGUCUCCAAACAGGUUUAGAUAAGCUCUAACAAGACCUUUAAAAAGACCCUUUUACAGUCUGAAAACUGUCAUUAUUGCACUUGAGUUCCUUUUUGAGGCAACUACUGGGAACACUGAUCCAGGAUCAUUUCUUUAGGGCAACUUCGGUAUGUAAAAGACGAGAAGUGAAAGGAUGUUCUUGUCAAAUGGGAGUUGUUGCUUGGACAAGGUCAGUUUUGCAGCAGAAAAGGCUUAAAUGAAAUUAAAUGUUAGUAUUGCGAAGAUAGAUGAUGUGUAGGAAAAUUCUCAAAGAAAUAUUGGUUGGCUGUUAGGAGUGAUGGAGUAUUUUCAAAAGAUCAAAUCAUUAUUUGUAUGUACAUAUUUCUAUUUUGAUGUGUUUGUAUGUUUUCGUUCAUCAUAAGCUCCUUUUACAUCCCUGUAGUCUCCCAUUUUCACUUAAAGGUGCCAAAAGCCUGCGUGCUGAAGUUAAAUAUUCUCUAUUUAAGUAAAACUAUGCUUGAUUUUCUUGAUGUACAAACAUAGGUAGAGAGAAUUCCAUUUCUACACAAACAGAAAGAGUGUCUGUAUACGUAGGGUAGCAUCUCAAAGAGUGGCGUGUAACCAGUUACAGUUAUUAAUACCACAAACAGUAGAUUGCAUGUUCUUACAGUUUGCCCCAGCAUAAAUAAUCACUUUGCUUUUUGAAUUAGAUCCAUGAACAAAUAAAGCCCUUAACACA